GCAGGAUUCCCACGCGCGUCCACAUUCGUUGACUGUCAUGACAGAAACAACCUCCAGCGACGUGGGCAGUUGUUCUUCUGCACAGACGCAGACGCAGAUCACUUAGACACUUGCUUCUUCCUUGGAUAUGUCCUGAUGACCGAGCGAUUUAUGCUGUUUUUGACUCCUUUGACCGAUUGAAAUGGCUGACGGCGUGGUGACACAAGCCUUCUCUCUUGUUGGAUGGGCAUUCCUCCCUGCUUACGCUACGGCCUUCCUGCAGUCCAUCUACUACCGUCUGACUAUCCGGGCUGGACAACGGCAUCCGCAGCCUGGCGACCCCAUAUUUGCCCACCAUAACCGCCGUAUCCGCGUCUUGGUUUUGUCUCUCUACCUCAUAUACACCCUCGCCCAAGCCCUCUAUGACACCAGACUCGCUGGAGAUUUCUACACUCUCCUUGGAGUCACACCAUGGUCAACGGAGCGGGAAGUCAAGAGUCGGUUCAGGAAGUUGGCGGCAAGAUAUCACCCAGACAAACUACAUGAGAAUGGUCAGCCUUUUCCAGGUGCCGAUGAAGUGUUCGUCCGGUUCAAACUGGCGCAUGACACUAUUUUGGAUCCUGCGAAGCGAUUUGCAUAUGAUCGUUUCGGACCUGUCAUUGUUCAGGUUCAACAUCCUGGGCUUAAAACCAUUCGAGACUAUGUCUACGCCGGCCUUCGUUCCAAAGCUCCUGAAUACCUAUCCAAUGCAGUACUGCUUGUUUUACUCAACUACAUCUGGCUGCCAAAAUGGGGACAGUUUUGGCGCUACUUUGCUGUUGCCUGCAUGGCGUUUCUAGAGCUGUACUUCCUUACUCACGUCUGGCAGCCUCCAAAACUUGUGGUGUUUUGGGUGUCGACGGUUCAGAAGCUCCUACCAGACCUCCUGCCACCCCAUCUUCUCCCUUUUCAAAUCCUGGGCCUAGCGAGACGAAUGUCUAUGUCUGUGAACAUUUUCAUCUCUCAGCUCGCACCUCCGAAGGCACGGGAUACGGUCAUGCGGGACCUGCAGACUCAGCAGCAGAUUGCACAUUUGGCUCAAGGAGCAGGCAGGUUAGACGCCGAGUCCGGUGGGUUGCUCCAGCUGGGGUUGAGCCCAUUUAAAGGUGACGCAGAGAAAUCAGACCAUCUGAGGGCGGGAAUGAAGGAGUCGUUGGUCACAAGUGCAUUGAGGAGGAACCCGGACGUGAGGGCAGCGGUGCAGAGGGCUCUUGACAGGAGGAGACGAGGGCCGAUCAUGCAGGAACCCGACUGAGGGCCGUCCUUGCAGUUAGUUCACAACACGAUAGACUUCAGGCUACAUACAUGUCGCAUUUCCAUCCUC